AUGUGUACUUUGGUUGUGCUGAUGGUUCUCACAUUGAUUAUACCGCUUGUGUUUGUUCUCACGCCACCAUGGCAUCCUCGCCAGAUUCCCUCGGCCCCAUUUUGGAUUACUCUGUUACCCAUCUUUUUCGAGAUUGAUCAGGAGCAGAUAUUCAAAAAAUAUAUUGCUGGUCCUCUAUAUGAACAUGGAGCCAUCAAGAUUUUCUUCGGUGGGCAAUGGAACGUGAUCAUUCAACGACCGGCGUUCAUCUCCGAGGUAUUGAAGAAAGAGCAGAUAUACAACAAGAGUGGCAACCAAAACAAGAUUCCACACAGCGUUUUAGCUGAAUUUCUUGGUAAGUGA